GUUCCAACGAGAAAAAACGGGGGCCACUCCACUCUAAGGUCGGCCGCUUGAUCACCUCGACAUGGCGCGAAGCAGGAGUCCGGUACGACAUCGAUCCAGGAGUCCUGUGCCUAGACAUCGCUCUCGAAGUAGAAGUCCGCCCCGGCAUAGAUCUCGCAGUCGAGGCCGAUAUGACAGCCGAAAGCACGAACGAGGACGCGAUCUCGAGAAAGAUCCACGCGACGUACAUCGUCCGAAGCGGGUUCGCAAGAACACGGACGACAACGAUAGCUCCAAUAACAAGGGGAAGUCAACUCCCCCGGUCUCGACCUCUGCGAUCGAUUCGAGAAAAAGCUCGGGUGGCGUCUCGUCUGCCGCGCCGAAAGUGUCGACAACGGAGAAGAACGGUGAAAUUAGCAUGACGAUCGAAGAAACGAACAAACUCCGACUUUCGAUGGGGCUCAAGCCGCUUCGCCUUACGAAUGCGUCUAAGGAAAAGGAAGUGAAUUUGUCGAAAUCGCGAGAGGAUGUCGCGGAGGAGGUGCGGCAGAAAGCCCUGCAGGACGCGUUGGCCAAGUCGAAACAGAAGCGACAAUUCACGGAAAAGCUCAAGGGCCAAAGUCUCGGUGAGGCAUUGCGGAGUGAAGGACCAAAGUCCGCAUUGGACUGGGUGCGCCAGAGCCGCACGUCGAAAGCGCCUGCGAUCGCUCCUGCAACUUCCACAUCGGCGGCGACAACCGCCAAGUACGAUGCAGCUGACUUGAAGGGUCUGACAGUGGCUCACGACGCCCACGCGUUCGAGGAAGGGGACGAGGUCAUCUUAACGCUUAAAGAUCAGCGUGUGCUCACCGAUGACCGCAGCGGAGUCAACGACGAAAGCGAUGAAUUGGAGAACGUUGACUUGCGUGAAGCCGACAGCCGCGCCGAGCGGGAUGCGCGCAUGAAAAAAGCGACCGGACCAGUGUACAGCGGGUUCGACGACGACGAGUUCACGACGAUCUUGGGGGGGUCGAAAAAAGGCGUUCGGAAGCCCGUGCGGCUCUUGGCGCAGUACGACGAAGAAGAGGAGUUGGCCGCCCUUCGCGAAUCCAAGAAGUUUGCGCUGGGCGACGUGGGGGUCCAUCAAGUCCAACCCAAGCAUCCUGCUAAGUCCCAGCAAGUUGACGGCGAUGACGACGACGGCCCUGUAUCGAUCUCGCUUGCAUCGCAUAAGAAGCAGCACAUAGAGGAGUACUUUACGGCGUCCGAAAUGGCCGUCUUUUCAAAGAAACAGUCCAAGAAACUCCGAAAGAAGCAAAAAAUGCGUCAAAGUCAUCACGCAGACGACGACACGGAGACCACGGCAUCGCUUGUCGAGCAACUCGAAGUCGAAGCAUCGAGGAACCAGCCCGCCGAUCAUGGCAAGCGGUCGGCGGAGCCGUCGGACGUCGCAAUCGACGAAAUCACCCGCCGAAACCGGUUUGAACUCGCCCGUCAGCGCGCAAACGACAAGGUGAAAACCGUAAUGGACCGCAUGAAGCAGCAGCCCGUCGCGGUCGAAGACAUUGACGAAGAGCUCGGGGAGUCCUUGGCGCGAUCGAGACGGAUGGCGCUCGUCGUGGCUGCUGCCAAAGCCAAACAAGACACGUCGUCGUCGGAAACGUCCAACGAUUUACGCGUGCUGCAACAGAUCUCGGCGUUUAAAGAAGAAAGCGCGGUGCCUCAUGGUGGUGACGCAUCGCACGGACCGAUCCAAACGAUUGUGUUUAGCGAAGCCACGGACUUCGACGUUCGCGUCAAGAAUGCCCUCGAAGAGAGGGAAGCUGCCCGAGCGGCGUCGGCCGCGGGUGCUGUCGGCGGGGCGUCGUCGGUGCCGGCUCGACCAACAAAGACGGUGACCGUCGAGGAAGAGUUGAGUGAAGACGACAAGUCCAACGACAUUGCCAUGGAAGAGACGAAGGACGAGAGUGAGAGCGAAGAUGAAAACUCGUGGGGGGUGGAAGAGCCUCUCGUGCAGACCGGCAUGGCGGCAACGUUGGCGCUCCUUCGCAAUCGCGGCGACCUCAAAGAGACAGUCCAGGUGCGCCAGGCGGGCCGUGCGAACGACCACCGUGACAAGCACAUCGAAGACGAACUGCAAGUGAAGGACGGAGUCAAGUUGGACUACCGCGACGAGUUUGGUCGCUUGUUGACCAAGAAAGAAGCGUUCCGCCGCAUCUCGUACCGGUUCCAUGGACACACCCCCGGCAAGAAGAAACAGGAGAAGCGACUCAAGCAGAUCAAGGAAGAACUCAUGCAGCAAAAGAACCUGGGGAACGUUGUCGCGCGCAUGCAGACCCUGGACAAGCGACAGAAAGUCGCCAAGCAAGCGCAUGUGGUGCUGUCAGGGAAGUAGAGUCGUAACAUGCAUUGUACACACACGACGGUUUGUGCUCAAUGAUGGAUAUCAAGAGACUUUGCAUUCUGUA